AUGGACCCCUCCACAGCAUUUGGACGCAGCAUAGAGUACCGCCACACUGCGAGAAGAGCGUACGUACAGGCAGAUACUUCAAGGCGAGCUAGAGCCGCCGUGCUGCGCAAGUCGGGACCACUACCAGGCAAGUACUCCGCAGGAGACUUGGUGUGCUACCGAAUCGAAAGAGACUCGAGCGGUGUGCCUAGCUGGAGUGGAGUUUCCCGCAUCAUUGGUUUUGAUGGGAAGACCGUCUGGGUAACGCACAGAGGCGUGCCCGUAGCAACUAGUUUAGGCAAACUCCGACCGUGUACUUCGGCGGAAGUUCUAGCUUAUCAGAUUUUGAGUAAAGGCAACUUACAGUACGAACACCUAGAAUCUGAGAGAGAGCAGCAGCGAUUUGUCGAUGCGCGAGCGCACGACAGUGAUGCAGACGAUGAAGAGGACAGUGACUCUGCACGUCCGUCUUCUGCCAUACGCUCAAAUCCUUUGGAAGGAUUGAGGACAGUGAGAAGGAGAGUGGGACUUACUCCUGAAGAGUCACGGGCAGAGCCCCGUGUAGAGCCCACGAUAGAAGAACCCGAAGUAGAAGACGCUCAACAGAUGGAUGAGCCUACGGUGGAAGCCGUAGCAGAGAAUGAUCCGCAACUUGACGCGGCGGACAUUCCGGUUCCCGAAGAAGAGGACACAGCUGAUGCUUUAUUGGCACAGUUUAAGAUUCCCACGUAUGGAUCGAAAGAGUGCAACAAGUAUAGAGCUUUUGUGGCCGAUCGAAUAGACUCAGAAAGCGCCCGAAAGUGGUUGAAGAAAAGGAGCAGCUAUUCUAACAAGAAGAAAGCUGCGCAGAACAAGGUGUUCACAUACGAAAAGUGUUCACCAGAGUUGCAAAAGGGAAUCGACGGAUCCCGUAAGGUCGAAUGGGACAAGUGGAAAGAGUUUAACGCUGCACUUGAUCUCGAUGAAGAGCAGUACCAGAAGCUUAAAGAUGAAGGCCAUGAGGAAGUACCGCUCAAGUGGGUUGACACAGAUAAGAACGAUGCACUUAGAGGCACGCAACCAGAUAUUGAAGUACGGCAUAAAAGUCGACUCGUCACCAGAGGAGAUUUGGAGUCUGGGGAUAUCCGAUCGGAUUCUCCGACGGCAGAUAUCGAAGCUCAGAAUUUGAUAUUCAGCUUCGCCGCUUCGCGGAAGGUGAGAAUAGGCUCAGCCGACAUCACAAAUGCCUAUUUUCAAGGAGAGGAAUUAGACAGAGUACUAAUCCUCAGACAGCCAAAGGGAGGACUCCCAGGGGAGCCCCCAGAGCGAAGGUUUCUGGCAAGGGUACCCGUGUACGGGACUCAUGACGGAGGACGUAAGUUUUGGAAACGUCUCAAGACCAGUGCGCAGAAAAGAGGUUUUCUGGAAAACGCCAUUUUCAAAGCACUUUAUGUUCUCCGCAACAACGAGGGACGUAUUAUUGCGCUACUUUGCACACACGUAGAUGACCUGCUGUGGGCAGCCGAGCCAGAAGCAGAGCCUGUCAUCGAGGAAUUGCUGAAGGAGUUUUCGUGCGGAAAAGUAGAGCGAAAAACUUUCCGUUACUGCGGGAAGGAAGUUUCCCAGGCAGAUGAUUACACUAUCACUGUCACCUGCAAAGAAACGACAUUGAAAGCGAACAAAGCCGUCGACUAUGCGUUAGCGACGCCGGAUAGAGGUUUGACUUUCAGAGCAAACGUUCUGGAUUGGGACAACCUUAUUUCGUGUGUCAUCACUGACGCCAGCCAUGCAAAUGAGAGUCAGGUGAUGAAGGUCAAAGGUGAGGAUUCUGUGGAACCUUACCGAAGCCAAGGAGUUGAAGAAGGCGAUAGACUGCGAGCUGCCGUCGCAGAUCUUUUCGGCAAACUUGACCGCAAGAAGUGGGAAGCAUCUUCUGCGGCGUUUAUGAGGCAGGACGACCGUCCAGAAGAGCCAACGGACGAAGUUCGCUGGAUCGACACAGACGUCAUGGUAGCAGAUCCACUGACAAAAGUCAUGGAGAGCACCAAGUUAGUUGAGUGUUUGUUCACUAACUGUUUGAAAGUCGAGCAGCCGAUUGAGUCCGUGAUCAAGAAAAGGGCUAAGCAGCUUCAGAGAAGGAAGACUGCAGACCCUGCGGACGGGCUGGAUGUGAUGGAUUAG